AUAGUUUAUACUCCGCGUGACCAAAUGGAGUAGUCUCUACCAGCGGUGUUACCGCUCUCUAUCAUCUAUAACUUACAGAAGCAAGCAAGCAUGACGACAAUACUUUUAACGCUCAUGUUCUUAUUUUCCGUGCAAUAUGCUAUUUCAAAAGGGUUUUCAGAAGAAGACGAAUAUAACUUUAAGUCAUGGAUGAUGCAGCACAAUAAACAAUAUGACAUCGAGGAAUAUUACCACAGACUUCAAAUAUUCAUUGAGAACAAAAUGAAGAUUGAGCGGCACAAUGGAGGAAAUCACAAGUACAGAAUGGGACUGAAUACGUUUUCUGACAUGACCUUUGAUGAAUUCAGAAGUUCCUUCCUCCUGACUGAGCCGCAGAACUGCUCUGCCACCAAAGGUACUCAUGUAAGCAGCAAAGGACUCUACCCGGACUCAGUGGACUGGAGGAAGAAGGGAAAUUAUGUGACAAAUGUGAAGAACCAGGGGCCUUGUGGUAGCUGCUGGACUUUUUCCACCACUGGCUGUCUGGAGUCAGUUACUGCCAUCUCAACAGGAAAACUCUUACAGCUGUCAGAACAACAACUGGUGGACUGUGCCCAAGCAUUCAACAACCAUGGGUGUAAUGGUGGCCUCCCCAGUCAAGCGUUUGAGUACAUCAAAUACAACAAGGGACUCAUGACCGAGGAUGAUUACCCCUACACAGCCCAAGACGGGACGUGCAAGUUCAAACCUGAAAGGGCUGCUGCGUUUGUUAAGGAUGUGGUCAACAUCACAAUGUAUGAUGAAAUGGGUAUGGUGGAUGCAGUGGCCAGGCUCAAUCCUGUUAGCAUGGCCUAUGAGGUGACAUCAGACUUCAUGCACUACCACAGUGGUGUAUACAGUAGUUCUGAAUGUCACAACACUACUGACACAGUGAACCAUGCAGUGCUGGCUGUUGGAUAUGAUGAGGAGAACGUCACCCCCUACUGGAUAGUAAAGAACUCCUGGGGACCCUUCUGGGGAAUGAAAGGAUAUUUCUUCAUUGAGCGUGGGAAAAACAUGUGUGGACUCUCUGCCUGCUCAUCCUAUCCUUUGGUGUGAUAUUGAUUGGUUGACAGCUAAGAAAGGAGUUACAAUGUGGAGCCAAUGUAAUAAUUUAAAGGCAUAAAUUAGAUGGUUGAUUUUCUUCUCAUACCUGUGGUUCAUCAAUAUUCAAUAGAGCAUCCAGGCCACAUUUUUGUUUGUUGACAAUACCUGAUUGAGUUGUUCAUAUUGUCAUUAAUCACACGUAUUUGAUCUGUUUUCAAUUACUAAUAAAUACCACAUCCACAA